GAACCAUGUGAAACUGUCAUCGACUCGUCCAUUUUGCUCGUAGCAAUUCAAUAAGAAGGUUCAGCGCUUUCAAUUAUAAUCUUUAUAAUUGUUAUCUCGACCGAAAUUAAUUGAAAUUAAAUAACCAUGGCAACUCAAGGUAAAGAUUUGGAAAAACCAAAAUCAGAAUCCGCAACCGUUCAUCGUAUUCGGAUCACAUUGACAUCGACCAACGUUCGUUCAUUGGAAAAAGUCUGUGCCGAUUUGAUUUCCGGUGCCAAGAAGCAAAAACUCCGUGUCAAGGGACCAGUACGUUGGCCAACAAAGGUUCUUCGUAUCACCACCCGUAAAACACCUUGUGGUGAAGGUAGUAAAACUUGGGAUCGCUUCCAAAUGCGCGUUCACAAGCGUAUCAUUGACUUGCACUCACCAAGCGAAGUUGUCAAACAAAUCACAUCAAUCAACAUCGAACCAGGAGUGGAAGUUGAAGUUACCAUUGCCAAUGCUUAAAUUCGAAACAUCAUCCAAAUUCGAACAUAAAACAAUGACUUGAUUGUUGCCGGAAAAUACGAAUAAAUAUUCAAAUAUUUUUUGAAUACGUCAAUUCAGAUGGAAAAA